GAUCAGCCUUGCCCACCAUGGAGAAGGCUAGAUGAGGAAAAAGAGACAGCAGCUUGCCCAAGGUUACCUCCAACAUGAAGAUUCCUGCUAUGAUGUCUCUCCUACUGGUGUCUGUGGGUCUCAGGGAUGGAGUUCAGGUUCAAAGUCACUCAAUCUCACAACUAGACAUCUUUUCUCAAGAAACACCCCUGGACAUGGCCCCAGCGUCCUUUGAUGACCAGUAUGCUGGCUGCCUGGCAGACAUGACAGCGGCACUGCCAGAUCUCAACCACUCGGAGUUCCAGGCCAACAAAGUAUACGCGGAUGGCUGGACUCUGGCCAACAUCCAGUGGCAGGAACGCAGGGCCUGGGGGUCCGUGUGGGCCUCCUUGCCCUCACCACCGCCGGGCUUCCGGGAUGAGCACGGGGUAGCGCUGCUGGCCUACACCGCCAACAGCCCCCUGCACAAGGAGUUCAACGCGGCAGUGCGCGAGGCGGGCCGCUCCCGGGCCCAAUACCUCCACCACUUCUCCUUCAAGACCCUCCACUUCCUGCUCACCGAGGCCCUGCAACUGCUCCGGAGCCACCGAUCUCGCGGGUGCCGGCAGGUGUACAGGGGGGUGCAUGGCCUGCGCUUCCGGCCAGCAGGACCUGGCGCCACCGUUAGGCUGGGGGGCUUUGCUUCCGCGUCCCUCAAGAACGUUGCCGCCCAACAAUUUGGCGAGGACACCUUCUUCGGUAUCUGGACCUGCCUCGGGGCCCCCAUCAGAGGCUACUCCUUUUUCCCUGAAGAGGAAGAGGUGCUGAUCCCCCCUUUCGAAACUUUCCAGGUGAUCAAUACCAGCCGACCCGCCCAGGGUCCCGCACGCAUCUACCUCCGCGCUCUGGGCAAACGCAGUACAUACAACUGCGAAUACAUCAAAGAAAAGAAGUGCAGGUCUGGGCCCUGCUGGCUGGAUAGCUCAGCCCCGGGCUCCCUCUCUGUCUCCUGGUCUCUUCUGCUGCUGCUGCUCUUGUUCCUUUUGCUGAGGGCCCUUCCAGAGAAUCCAGGUCCCAAGUGA